AGAGGCCUCUGGGAGCUAGAAGACUCCCUCAACCUCAGCACUGGGACAGGGCCUUAAUAGAGUCAAAGAUUGGUGUCGUCUGCUCUGCCAUCUUCAUUGAGAGAAAAGGGCUGAGAAGGAUCCCAGAGGCCAGACUGCCAUCUUCCCUAGCCCCAGGUGGGCAUGGACCAGCAGUAGUGAGCAACCAAGUCUGAUGCCUGGCCCCCAGGGGGGCACAGGAGCCCCCACCAUGAGCCUGGGCAAGCUGUAUCCUGUGGGAUGGGUGUCCAGUUCCCAUGGAAAGAGACGGCUGACAGCAGACAUGAUCAGCCCCCCACUUGGGGACUUCCGCCACACCAUGCAUGUGGGCCGUGGUGGGGAUGUCUUCGGGGAUACCUCCUUCCUCAGCAACCAUGGAGGACGCUCUGGAAGCACCCAUCGCUCACCCCGAAGUUUCCUGGCUAGGAAGCUCCAGCAGGUGCGCCGAGCUGGGGUGCCACCUCGAAGAGUGGCCUCCCCGCCCGCGCCCUCACCUGCCCCGCCUCCCAUCUCGCCCAUCAUCAAGAAUGCCAUCUCUCUGCCCCAGCUCAACCAGGCCACCUAUGACAGCCUGGUGGUGGGCAAGCUCAGCUUUGACAGCAGCCCUGCCAGCUCCGCGGAUGGGCGUUCCGGUUAUGGCCUGGAUUCUGGGUUCUGCACCAUCUCGCGCCUGCCACGUGUGGAAAAGCACAGCAACCGUGACCGUGACCACACUCAAGACCGAGAGCAAAGUUCUUUCCCCGCUGAGCUUAACCCUAACCCUGAGCUUCGUCGCUCAGACUCACUCCAGUCCUUCCGCUUUGACCUUGACCUUGGGCCCUCACUCCUCAGUGAGCUGCUAGGGGUCAUGAGCCUUUCAGAAGCCCCAGCAGCUGAGACCCCAGCCCCUGCAGCCAACUCCCCUCUCCCAGAAGCAACGCCCCCCGCCCCUGCAGCAACUCCCCCUACCCCUACUGCAAAACCCCCAACCCAUGCUAUAACUACCCUAGACACUGUGACAAGCUCCCCGUGCCAUGGACAUUUCCCCAAUGGGGUAACUGCUGUAUUGGGUCCUGUGGCUGAGGUCAAGCCCGGUCCCGUAGGAGAGGGUCCCCAGGUAUCCCCCAGUACGGCCGUUGGCAGGCAUGGAGCCAGCUGGAGGGCCAGCAGGGCUAGUCGCCACUACACUGAGAUGGAUGCUCGGCGGGAGCUGGCAGGGGUGCUCCCCCAAGUCCACAGCUCCUGGGAAAGCCUGGAUGAAGAAUGGAGUGCACCUCAGGCCAGUGGCAGGGCCCCUGUACCCAGAACGGUGCAGGUCAAUGCCUUUGAAUUUGCUGAUGCUGAAGAGGAUGACGAGGUCAAGGUGUAAGGACUGGGCGUGGGAAUCCUGCUCUCCUCAGGGCUUACAGAGAACAGAGGGGUUGAGAUCACUCCCACCCCUACUGACUACAUCUGCCCACGAGAUGCGGGCAGUUGCCCCACCGGAGUUUCCUCAAGUCCUUCCUGGUCUCUGCAAAGGCAGGUAUGGGUGAGAGGGGUCCCCUGCUGACGUGACCCAGCUCCCUCCACUGUAUCUAGGCCUGCUAGCCCUUCAGCCGUCCCCUAUGCCACCCCGCCAUGGCCUCACAGUGUGGCUUUUGUGCCCCAGGAUGCUUCCCUGGUGGGGUGG